AUGUCUAAUGUCAAAUCACUUUUAAAAUCAGCAAAGGCAUCAUUGGAAUCAAAUGAUCCUGAUUCUGCAUUAGAUUACUGUAAAGAAAUACUUAAACAAGACACAUCUUGUUAUUUUGCAUAUGUUUUCCAAGGCAAAGCUUAUCAAUUAAAGAAGAAGAUAGAUGAAGCAAUUAAAGCAUUUAAAAAAGCUACUGAAAUUGAACCGGAUAAUUUGUUAGCAUGGAAAGGUUAUUUUCAAAUAGUGAAGAAUUUAGAUGACAGCAAACUAUUUUUCAAUGUUUUUACAAAUUUGGUAAGGCUUUUGAUUGAUCAAGGUAUACUGAUUGCUGAAAGUCUUCGAGAUUUAAGAAAUUAUUUAGAUUUACAUAAAAUAAACUCAAAUGAUGAAUUACAUGAAUACUAUCUAAAACAAAUUUUACCAGGUACAGAACUUGGUGAAUUAAUUGGUCCAUCAAUUGAACCACCCGAAUCAACAGUUCGAAAAUUAUUAGAUUUUAAACAAGCGCAAUUGGAGAAAGCAGUAGUUGGUGUUAUUUCAAAAGAACGUGUUAAAUUUGGAAGAGCAAUUACAUUAGAUCAAAAGUCAAAAUUGGAUGAAAUUGCAUAUGGUUAUUAUUCAGAUGGGUUAAUUCUAAAUUUAUAUGAUCUAUUUUUAAAUAUUUGUAAUGAUGAUGCAUUAAGACGUAAAUAUGAGGAUAAGCUUCUUAAAUUUAAAUAUGACUUAUUGAAAAUAUGUCCUGAUAAAGAUGCAAUGUAUAAAGAUAUAAAAUCUCAAGUUGAUGAUAUGAUACUACUUGACACUCCAAGUUUAUUUUGUUGGAAUUUGUAUUUUGAUUGGAGUGAUGCAAAGACUAUUAUUGAUUUAGAUGAAGAUAAAGUGAUAUCAUAUUUACAAAAAUUUCAAAAUGAAGGAUUGGGAUUAAUUUUAUUUGCAUAUGUAAUGAGUGAAUUAUCUCCAUUUAAUAAAGACAAAAUAGUGAAGGGUUUAUCUGGAACAAUAAAUAACAAAGAGAAAAAACAAGUAAAUAUAGAAAGUGAAGAAGAUGCAAAAGCAUUACUGGAAUUAGCUGAUGAUAAAGAAGAAGAAGAAGAAAAAUUAUAUCUCCCACUAGAAGAAGUUUUAGAGUUGAUAUUACAAGGUUAUUCAAAAGCUAAAAGUUCGGUAUUAGCAAAUAGGAUAAUUGUUGAUUAUUAUAUUCAUAUACGUGAGUAUAGUGUUGCUUCAGAAAGAUGUAGAGAUGGGAUAAGAAUAGUAGCUGAUAUUCAACGUACUUUUGGAAUUAUCCUAGAAAACACUAAAGAAAAUUUCCUUUGUUCAUUAGCUAUUGUAUAUACAUACUAUGAGGCUCCCAAAAAUUAUAACCGUGCAAUUCAAUUAUAUGAUAAAGUAUUGGAAAAUGAUCCAUCCAAUGUUAAAGCCAAAGUUGGAAAGGGAUUAAUUUUUGUUGAAAGAGGUGAAUUGGAAGAAGCUAAAUUAUUAUUAGAAGAAGUUGUUGAAAAUCAUCCAGAUAAUUUAGAAGCUAAAUCUGAAUAUUAUUGGUGUUUAAUUAAAUUAGGUGAACCAGAAAAAGGUAGAAUUGGAUUACAAAACUUUUUAAAAACUGUAACUGAUGGUGAUUUACAUAGUCGUGAUGUUCGAGCAAUUGCAUAUUGGAGAAUUUCUCAAAGUUAUUUAAUUGAAGAGAAAAUUGAUGAAUGUCACAAAAGUUUAGUUCAAUCUUUAAAAGAAUCUGAUUUAUAUGCACCAUCAUAUACUUCAUUAGGUAUAAUUUUUCAAGAUUAUUAUGGAGAUUUAGAAAGAGCACAAAAAUGUUUUUAUAAAGCUUUUGAAUUAGAUUUAAAUGAAAUUGAAGCUGCUAAAUAUUUGGUUGAACAAGCAGCUUUUAAAAAUGAGUGGGAAGUUGUACAAGUUUUAGCUAAACGAGUAGUUACAAAUGAGAGCUCAAGAAGAUUAAUUAUGAGAAGUAGAAAAGAUUCUACUUGGCCUUAUAGAGUUUUAGGUUCUGCUGCUUUAAAUGUACAAGAUGAUGCAAAAGCUGUUGAAUGGUAUCAAAAUGCAUUAAGAUUAAAUUCGGAAGAUUUUGAAUGUUGGGUUGGUUUAGGUGAAGCUUAUUAUAAUUGUGGUAGAUUUGAUGCAGCUUCAAAAGUUUUCCAACAUGCAAUUGAAAUGAAAAAGGAAGUUUCAUGGGUUGUUAAAUAUAUGUUGGGUGUAGUAACUUGUGAAAUGAAGGAAUUUAAUGAAGGCUUAACUUAUUUAUAUGAAGCUUUAGAAAUGAAACCUAGUGAAGAAUGUAUUUUAAGUGCCAUAUAUGAAGCAAAUAUUGAAAAUACGAAAAAAUUCAUGGAAACUGGAUAUUUUGGAAGAGCUAUAAAUGCAAAUUUAAAAGCAUUAAGAUUUAUUAAACAAUCAAUUUUAGAAAAUACAGCAUCUCAAAAAGUUUGGAAAGCUUUAGGUGAUUGUUUAAAAGUAUUUAUUAAAUUGAGAAAACAUGCAAAUGAAGUACCUAUUGAUGAUUUAAUUGAAAUUUUUACAAAUUUAGAAAAUGAUUUAGUGUUGGAUAAAACAGUUACGUUAGAGAAUGCAAAAUCAUUAUUCAAACAAGAUAUAAUACAAUCAUUACAUAUAUUUGUUAUACUUUCUUCAAUUGCAGCAAUAAAUUAUUUACCACAAAAGACACAUAAAUUAUUAAGAGCUACAUGUUAUUACAAUUUAGGUUUAUCAUUACUUGAAUCUUAUCAAAAUGAUGAAAACGUAAAUUAUCGUGAUGCAUCAAUUACGUACCUCAAAAAGGCUAUUCAAAUUGAAUCAAGUAACCCAAAUUACUGGAUUGCUUUAGGAAAUGCUUAUUUUUCAAAUAAUCCACAAAUUUCACAACAUUGUUAUAUUAAAGCAACUACUUUAGAAGCUAAAGAUGCUGAAAUUUGGGUAAAUUUAGCUUCAUUAUUUUUAAGAUAUGGUGAUACUGAAUUAUCACAAGAAACAUUUUUGAGAGCUCAAUCUGUUGCUCCACAAGAUGCUCAAUCAUGGUUAGGUCAUGCAGUAACUUCAGAAAUUUUAGGUGAUGAAUCAAAAGCAAAUAGUUAUUAUACUCAUGCUUUCACUUUAUCAAAAGGUAGAUUAGCAUUAGCACAUUUUUUAUAUGGUUUAUCUAUUAUAAAUAAAUCAGAAGGACAAAAUCCAAAAGAUAUUGAAACUGCUCAAGAAUUCGGUAUUAGUAAUUAUGCAAUGCAACAAUAUUUAAAAUAUUAUCCAGAUGAUGAAAAUGGAUUAAGUAUUGCAUUAUCAAUUGCUGAAAGAUGUAAAGAUUAUGAAACUGCAUUAAUGAUUGGUGACAAAUUAUGUUCAAUAUAUGAAAAGAAAUUUGAAAAAACUGAAAGUAUUUUGGUUAUGGAAAAAUUUGCAAUUAUAAAAGGUCAGUUAAGUAGAAUAAAUUUGGGUUUGGGUCAAUUUGAUAAAUCAAUAGAAGAAGCAGAGAUGGCAACUCAAUUAAUUGAAGAAGGUGAAGGGAAUGAGAAUUUACAACUUUCAAUUAGAAUCACACUUGGUUUAUGCUACUUUUUCAAAAAUGAAUUUGAAAAAGCACUUGAAGAAUUCAAAAUUGUUCUUAAUUCGUAUUCUGAAUCAUCUAGAAUAGUCAAUUUAAUAGCUCAAGUUUUAUAUGCUCAUGGUACAGAAGAGACAAAACAAGCAGCAAUAGAUCAAUUAUUUACAUAUAUUGAAGAAAAUGGAAGUAGUUUAUUAGUUGUACUAACAUUGGGUGCUAUUUCAAUUGUUGAUAAUUUAGAAGAAUAUUUACCAGCAAUUAAAGAAGAGUUAUUAGGGCUUAAUUUAAAUGAAAUUAUGAAUGAUGUUCAAAAAGAAGUGCCUAAAUUAUUAUCAGAAAUUAAUGAAAGAUUUGGUGAUGAUAAUAAUGAUAUUUGGAAUCGUUAUGCUUAUUUAUUUCCAUUUAAUUAUCAUAUUUGGAAGAAUAUAAAUCAUACAAUGGCUAAUGAGAUAAUAAAAUUGCAUGAUGUUAAAGUUACUGGUAUUGAUUAUUCAAUGGCUUUAUUGAAUGAAGGUACAUUAAGAAAUAUUCAACGUAGUUUAUUAAUGAAUCCAAAUAAUGAAUCAGCUAUCCAAGCUUUAGAAAUGUGUAUUUAA